AAGGCAAUGUCAGGGAAGGUGUGCAGCAGCAACAGCGUUGUUCAGGCGCAGAGAGUGGUGGAUCAGCUUCGCGUGGAGGCCACCAUGGAGAGAAUCAAGAUCUCCCUGACAGCAGCAGAGCUGGUACAGUACUGCCAGGAGCACAGGCGUAGUGACCCCCUGCUGACCGGCAUCGCUGCCUCCUCCAACCCGUUCAAAGACAAGAAGACCUGCGUGCUCCUCUGA